AUGAGCUCAGCGCAAACGACCAGUGCGCACACAACGCUUCCACCUGCGGCUUCCGCUACCGCUGGACACGCCGAGCCGCUGCCGGAACGGCCGAUGAUUCCGACCAGCGCUGCGGACUGGGAGGCCAAGAAAUACAUCAUCAGGGAGCUGUACAUGGACCAGAACAGGAUCCUGAACGAGGUCAUUGAAAUCAUGAUAACGAAGCACAAGUUCAAAGCUACGGCGAGAAUGUACAAGGGCCAGUUUGCCAAGUGGAAGUGGUACAAGUACAACAAGUCCAGCAGCCACGGGUCUGCAAAGGCGACAAAAGCAACAAGGUCAACCAGAAGGAAAGGCGCCAGAGCCCGAUCACAGACGCCGUUUCAUCCCACGGACAGGCCGGACAGCCAGCAGGUCGUGCCCCUCUCCCAGCGCCACUAUCUUCUCCAACACUUCAGCGAUGAAGAAUGCCAAGUCGAGUCAACACUGAACGCCUACGCCGCCCUGAUCGGCCACUGGCUAGAGAGCGAAACGCCCUGGAGGAACCGCAGCCGGCGGCCAUGCAGCGCUUCCAAACUUCAAUUCCCACAACCACAACAACAACAGCCACAAGAACAACAGCUCUCCGUCCUACAACACGUCCGCGCCGCGCAAGACCACUUCCUCGCGGGCCGCGUGGCCCUCGGCGGGGAGUUGCUCCGCGCAGCCUUCCUGCGCAUCGAGACGGCAGUCGACGACCACGGCCUCAACGUCGAGGCCGUCUGGGACUGCUGCCUGGCGGUGCCCCAGCUGGCGCUCACCCACGGCUGGUCCGACAUGCUGGCCAUCUUCGCGCGCUACCUGCACCAGCUGGCGGGCAUCAAGCUGCCGCGGGGGCAUCCCAUCACCCGGAUUGCCGCAUUUUUGCGUAACCUCUCUUCUUCUUUUUCUUUUUCUUCUUCCUCUUUCUCCUCUUCCUCAACAACAACUACUACCACUCCUAGUAGUAGUAGUAGUAGUAGUAGUAGUAGUAGUAGUAGUAAAAACUGGUGGCAACCCCUAGAAACAUACGUCUCCCUCGCAUGGCAAGUCUGGAUCGACGCCUCCCUGCGGCAGCGCGGCGCCCGCGACGACGUGACCAUCCACCUCAAGCGCGGCUACGUAACCCUGCUCAACCCAGCGCACCCGAUGACAGCCACGCUCAUCGCCGAUUUCGUCGUCGGGCUCAAGUCCUCCCUCGCGCAGCGCGGCGCCUUCGCCACGACAAGCCGCAUCCUCGAGCUCGAGCACCUGCUCACGCGCAUGUAUGUGCCGCUGUUCACGCCCGCAUCGGCGCGCAAUGCCGAGGUGUUGUUGACCAAUCUGAGCGGGAGGGUGGAGGCGAAGAACAAGGGGAAAGAGGUGCGGAGUUGGGAGUAUAUGGAUCGCUAUCUGGUGUUUAGUAGUUAUAAUUUCAUGGCUAGUAUUGCGGAGUAUGGAGGAGAUAAGGAAAAGGGGGAGUGGUAUCGUCGGAAGGUGUGGCGGGAUGAGAGCCAGCCGAGGGAUUUGUUUUGGUUGCAGACGAGUUUGUUGCUGGAGUCGAGGCUUAGGGGUCAGGGGAUGGAUGCCGAGGCGAAUGCCAUACAGGAGGCCAGGGCUGAGGUGAAGGGUAGGCUGGGGACGGAGUUGCGGCUGACGGGGCGGGUGGACUUGGAGGAGCCCGGGGUGGUGGCGGAUGGGAUGGUCUCUCUGCCGGGUGGUGCUGACGUCCAUCAAGAUGCUGCCACCGUCGAUGGUUAG